UUAAGUUAAAUUAUCUUUAUGGUCAUACUACGUAUUUUAUUUCACAUGGUAUUUUUGUCCCAAUGAUUAGGGUUGCAUUGGUGCAAUUGAUGGGGUCCAUGUCCCCGUGGUCAUUGAUGUUAAGGACCAGCUCCCAUACUAUGGCAGGAAGGGGAUCACCACAACAAAUUGCAUGUGCGCAUGUGACUUUGACAUGAAGUUCACAUUCGCAUGUGUUGGAUGGGAAGGAUCGGCGCAUGACACGAGGAUUUUUUACAGCUGCGUCAAUAAUGAGAGUUACAACUUUCCGAACGCUCCAGCUGGGAAGUAUUAUUUGGUUGAUUCAGGAUACCCUAUGAGGAAAGGGUUCCUUGCACCAUAUAAGGGGGAGAGGUACCACAUUGGAGAAUUUCGGCCUUCUGAAGUGCUGCAUCGUCCAGAGGAGAGGUUUAAUUAUCUCCAUUCAUCACUCCGUUCGGUCAUAGAACGAACUUUUGGAGUUUGGAAGAAUAAAUGGAGAAUUUUGAGACAUAUGCCACCUUUUAAGAUGCACACUCAAAACUUGGUCAUUGUUGCUACAAUGGUUCUUCACAAUCUCGUUAGAACACAUGAGAUAAACAAUGAUGCUGAAUGUUCAGGAUCUACAGAGGCCACAUCAUUUGGUAGUGAGACAGGUCAUUACAAUGCCAUGGCAGAAACGAUCUCAAUCUUGGACGAACCUCAGAUGAAACAGGUUCGUAUGCGUAUCACAAGAUCGAUAUGUGCGGACGAUAACUGA